CAUUUUUGCCGACCUUCAGCGAGUUUCGAUAGAAGAACGAUAAGUUACCAUCUUCACUGUUAAGACGCCGACUUUUGUCUUUCGCUUUAUCACAUUUCACGUUUUCUGCUUCACGUUUCGUCGAAAAAUUUGCCGCUACUGCUUUAAAUUAUUCGUAACUAGAGUAAACAGCGAACAAAAUGGCUGAUAUUUCAAAAGAGGAUUUGAAAGCAGAAAUCAAUGCCAUACUGAAGACUGCGGACCUUUCGGUCGUGUCUGCGAAGAAAGUGCGCGAGCAAGUGGAGAAGAAGCUGAACUGUUCCCUAUUGAGUCGUAAGAAGGAUAUAGAUAGCAUUGUUAUGGAUUUUAUUAACGAGCAACAGGAAGAAAGUGACGCUUCCGUGGAGGAACAAGAAGAAGCAUCUGAGGAGGAGGAAGUCGUAAAGAAAACAGCCAAGAAGCGCCCCCAGCCGACGCCGCGCAAGGUUGCAAAGAAGCGAAAGCCCGCAAAUGAAUCUAGUUCAGGGUCCGAAUCGGGGUCUGGGUCAGACUCUGAUUAUGAAGUACCAAAGAAGAAGGCCCCAAAGAAGAAAGCUGCUGGCGGUGCCGGUGGUGGUGGUGGUGGUGGCUCCGGCCGCAAAUCCACUGGAUUUACGCGUGCAUACAACCUAUCACCAGAACUUUCAGCACUAAUGGGUGCAGAAUCACUACCGCGUCACGAAGUAGUCAAAAAAGUUUGGGCCAUAAUAAAGGAACGCAACUUGUAUGAUCCUAAAAAUAAACAAUUUGCCAUUUGCGAUGAUGAACUAAUGAAAGUGAUGAAAGUGAAGCGCUUCCGUACUUUUGGCAUGUUGAAGCACUUGAAGCCACAUUUUCUGGAUUAAAUAAUGCGACAGCUACGAUUGGAUCAGGAGAGGCGGCGAUUAAAGUCCACAAGCGGAUCAAUUCCUUAAAUUAGACGAAGAAUAGGAAUAGAACAUUUCCAAUUUUAUUUGCCUAAUUCGCUUCACUGUCUAAAAUUGUAGCCUACACAUUUGCAACAUACAUAGUUUUUAAGAACUUUUUUUUUGCAAAUUUGAUAUUGAUAUACGUAUGUUUGUAAAUUUUGACUGGUAAAAAGUCUUAAAGCAUUUUUCACUAAGUUUUCUUAAGUUUAUGUUUUAACGUCUUGAUUGUAGAACACGCUUGUCGCUAACGUAGAGUGAAGAUGAAAAAUUUAUAUUAGAUAUGUAUGUUUGUAUGCCGAUAUAACUAUGCAUAAUUUGAAAAUUGAGAACUGAUGCGCGGCUAUCACUAUUAUUUAGAGAUUUAAAAAGGGUGCAUGGAAACGUCCACCGCCAACGGAGGUAUUAAACAAACUAUACCAAUUAAUGUUCCAUCUUGAAUAUUAAAUACGUUAUAAUAUUGCAAUAGAUAUAAACUUUGGAUUAACUGACAAUUGAAUUUAAAAUAAAGCGAGACGUUUAAAAUUUCAAAACUA